GCAUCUCUAGCAGUGAGUCUUUGGCUGGAGGAGGGUGGGACUUUUUGGAGGGGAUUUUACUCCAUCCUCCAAUUUUUCCCUCUUCUCCUUGCCUGUCUUUUAACCCUUUCCUCCACGCCCAGCCUUUCUCCCGGCUGCUGUAUAAUAAGUCCUCCCCGAGCCCGGGAGCAGCUGCGGGCGCUGCUUGUCCUGCGUCUGAUGUCGGAUCUCGUGGCUCGUUUUAUUUAUUUCAAACUGUUUCCUGCUCUCACAAGUUGAUCUCCUGGGGACUGGACAAAAAAAAAGACAAAAAGUGACUUCCCCCCUCCUGUUGAUGCCGGGGGCCGUAUCUUGGACCUCAUCUUUAUGCAUGUGGCUGUUUUAUGCUGAAGACUUGGAUGCAUUUCCAGGAGUUUGUUUUUUAUUUUUCUUGCUUUUUAUUUAUUUUUCUCCCCAAAUAUAAAACCAUUUGAUUUGCAUCCUGUGCAUUGAGUUCUUGGAUGUAAGACAUCACAGAGGCUUCCAGGAUUGUUCCAUCUCUUCUUACCUCUCCAGAAUCGCCCUGCUGAAAGAAAAGGACAAGGACGGAGGCGGGGGGUGGGCGAGGAUACAUAAAGUACCCCCAAAGACACAGACUCUCCAGACAGACUGCAGCGCAUCUUCUUUCCAGUUGUAGCUUUGGAGAUGGCAAUUGCCUGAUUUUCCGCUCUUGCGCUUGGUAGCCUUGGGUGUGAGUUGGACAUCAGCAAGACCCUUCCCCUAAAGCCUACUUCUUUCUCCUUGACAUUGCGCAAGCCUUUUAUCCAGCAAGUGCCAAAAAAACACAAUACCCCCCCCAAGUCCUUGCAUUUCUAGGUAGCAGCAACUUUCUACAAAAAAGGGAGAGCUGCAAUAGAUAGGUAUAUCCUGGACUGCAGAGGAGCCGGUUGAGCUAUUCCAUUCUCCACCCUGUGAACUGAGUUCCACUUAGUUUGGCAUCUGGACCGUACUGCGCCUGAGGUGCCCCCCUGGGAAUGCGUCCCCUGUUCCUUUGCCCUGCUGUGCGUGCAGGGAGCGCGGUGUGAAUGUGCGCCGCCCUGCUACUCCUGCUCUCAGCAGCAGCCUCACGGCCUCCAGCGCCGCCCUGAGCCAGGCUGUCUCUCCCAUCGCUGCAGCAGUGUCCCUGACACGUUCAUACAACCUUUCCUAUUAACUCGGCAGAGCUGUUCCUUCAUACCGGGAGCCCUCUACUCCUCCGCUCCCUCUUAUUCGUCUGUAUUCGCUCCUCUCGCGCCCCCUCUUUUUGGCCGGGAGUGAUGUUGCACGUGGAGAUGUUGACGCUUCUGUCUCUUCUACUACUCUGGAUGUGUGUUUGCAGCCAGGAUCCUGGCUCCAAGGUGGUUGCUGAUCGCUAUGCGGUGUACUGGAACAGCACCAACCCCAGGUUCAUGAGAGGUGACUACCACAUUGAAGUCUGUAUCAAUGACUACCUAGAUGUAUUCUGCCCUCAUUAUGAAGACACCGUGCCUGAAGACAAAACUGAAAGAUACGUUUUAUUCAUGGUGAACUUUGAUGGCUACAGCUCCUGUGAUCACACAUCCAAAGGCUUCAAAAGAUGGGAGUGCAAUAGACCCCACUCUUCCAAUGGACCUCUAAAGUUUUCAGAAAAAUUCCAGCUAUUCACUCCCUUCUCAUUAGGAUUUGAAUUUCGACCAGGAAGAGAAUAUUACUAUAUAUCUUCAGCAAUCCCAGACAAUGGAAGAAGAUCCUGUUUAAAACUCAAAGUCUACGUACGGCCACAAAACAGCUGUUUGAAAACUAUAGGUGUUCAUGACCGUGUUUUCGAUGUUAACGACAAAGUAGAAAAUUCAUUAGAACCAGCAGAUGACACAGUUCAUGAAUCAGCUGAGCCUUCCCGUGGUGAGAAUUCAGCACCAACACCAAGGAUAUCAAAUUGGCUUUUAACAAUCCUUCUGUUUCUCCUGGCGAUGCUUUUGACGUUAUAGCACAGCAUACAUCACAGACCAACUGCAGAAAAACAGGGUCUUGGAACAUCAAAGAUCCACCUAACUGCUUCACUCAAGAAAGGAAAAGUUUUCAUUUUGUUUUCCCCCUCUUUAUUGCUCGUUAUAUACAUUUUUCCCCACUUUCAAGAGAACAUGAAUUCCACAAGAAUAUUUACUUAACACAUUAUAAUUUAGAUGUUGCUUUUGUUCCAGAACCUUAAAUCCUGAUUUAAAAAAAGGCAAAUUUAAAUUGUGACACUAGUGAAUAAAAGUUUCCCUUGCAUUCGGCAUAAGAAGUCACGUUUUUGGCACACGUCUGUGCAGAUCGACAUAAGCGGUAUGAGCCAGUUAAUAUGGAUAUGGACUUAACAGAAGUUAAAUCUAAAAGGAAUUUCUCCUUUGGUGACCACCUUACAGAACUGUUGGAUGAUGUGGUAAAAUAUGCAGUAGAACACAGGAGGAGAUAUUCCAGAUUUUCAAGGACAUGUUUAUCUGAGAAGACAAUAUUCAUUGACUAUGCUAAGCACUCUUACCUGCACUAUGGGAUUACCAAAGGGUAUGGGGGGAGUCUUUUUAAAUAUUAUUUUUGUUCUUUUAAUAUAUUUGAAGUUAUCUGGAGUGCAGAGAAUUGUACUAUUUAAAACAUAGGCAGAUACCAUAAAAUGAUCUCCAAGGUGCUACAUUUUUGAUUUUGCUGUUCUUCGACUCAUGCAUUUUAUAUACAAUGUGACCAUGCCCAAAGGCUUCUUCUUGGUUCACUGGCCUACAAUGUGCAUCGGCAAGGAAACAUUUAAUAUUACUGGACUUUUGGUCUUUUGAAAUGACUUUCUUAAUCCUUGGAAGAAAUAGGUGAAAUUAUGGUGAUGUACCAGCUUUGAAAGAAAGUCUGAUGCCGUGAAUUCAUUGUAUAUUUCGUUUGACCCAUUAAUGGCUUUCAAUUGACCUUUAAGUGGCAAAUUGCAUCCCCUUUACAAAGAUGUAUAUGGAAAAUCUGUUGAAAUUUAGAUGUGAUCUAAAUUGGCUAUAAAAUAUUUUAAGGAAUAACUGUCAACCAAUGUGUAUAUGCAUUAAUACGAAAAAUGUAAGCUGAGGAUAACGUAAUAUAACACCUAAUUGUCGAUAGACUUGAUUUCAGCAGUAAAUCAAAUCGUGAUUGUGCUAAUUGGAUGGCUACCUAUUGUCACAUUGGAAGAUUCAAAUAUGGACGCUUAAUAACUUUUCAGGGUGCCUUGAGUUUUUGUUUAUUAUUGAUGUAUAGCAAAGGACGUGACUCAGACACUUCAUAGUCACCAAAUGUACUUUACGUAAUAAAGACUUUAACAAACUGUGAUUAUGUUUAAUAUAAAAAGUAAAAAAAAAAUUAUCAAGUACAAUAACUUUUAAUAUAUUUCUAAGAACAAUACAGACAUGCAUAAAUGGUCAUAGUUAUUCAAUACCAUUUUCUAACUGUCUAAAUGAUUUAUUCCUAGAAAUAGGAAUGCAGUGGGAGAUGUAACAAGAGCCUUCAAAAAAUCCAUGUGCUGGCCUGGGUUGCUUUAAUCUAGAACAAUAGUAUUAUGCAAUUUUUUUAACGUCGUAUAUACAAUAAAGUACAAUAAAGCACAGAGACCGAUAACCUAAGAAAUAUUACAUUAUUCUACAGGCUAUAUUGACAACAAUGUGAUUCAUAUGUUGUAGUUUGUCAUGCCGCAACUUUACAGUGUUAGCACAAAAACUACCUUAAACACAGUUUGGGAUCUGGUUUCUAUAAUGAUGUAGCAGUCCUUGAUAACAGCCAUUAAAAAUAAGAAUCCUCUUGUAAAGUAUGACCUCUAAUAACACUUCGGUAAAACAACUGCUACUUCCGUGCAUUACUUGUUGAUGGCUGUUUAUGUAUUUAACAGCCUUAUCAUUGUUUUAGGACUUUUCAUUUUAAUAAUGGAGCUUGAGUUUAUUGUUAUUGUUAUUUUUUAUUACUGUCAUGAAGUAGCAGUCUUAUUUUAUACCUUAAAAAGUUGUAUCUCCCUCUUAUACACCAGUACACUGAAAAUUACCAACUAAAUCACGAAUAUUGUAAUACAAUCAUGUACGUACAGUAUAUCCAUAUGGACAGAAGCUGGUUGCAAUCAAAUAGGAAACAAUAAAAGUAAUAGAAUUGUAGAAGAUGUUUUCUAUGUUUAGUCAUGUAAUUUGAAGGAUAUUGGGGCAAAAUUGAAGCUGCUCAUUGCACUUGAAGUCUCCUUGGCUUUCUUCUCUUUUCACACGCUUUGCCUUUUCCUCUUUAUUUUUUUCACAUAAACUAUUAUGGCCCACGUAGGGUACCCUUUUGACACAUUUUCCUGGUUGCCAGUGACUUUGCAACUUGAAGCAGGGGGAUUAAAGCAUCAGUCUGUUUGGUGGAUACUGUGUAUCCUUUAAUACACAAGAUAACAUUUCAUGUUAGAUUAGAAUAUUGUUUUGUACUAUACCUUCUUGGAUGGCAAAGAAUAUAAGAUAAAGAAAAAGUACAUUCUUUAAAUUCUGUAUUAUUAGCAACCUAUGUUGUAUAUAGUGUUUGAUAAUAAAGUAUUAAUUAAAUUCUUAUGUCUUUUGUAAGUGAAUACAUAAGACUUUCAGACCACAAAAAAAUAAACAUUUAAAAAAAUCAUACUUGUCACCCAAUGAUGCUUAAAAAAAAACAAAACAAAAAAAGAAUAGGUUUGUUUGUGAACAUGAUCACUCACAAGUCCUCACUCAGUCACGACCCAGAGAUACACAACAUGUAAUGAUCAAGGUUUUAUACUAAAUGUUUAUAGGUCUGAUGUUAGAACCCUGUGUAUUUUUGGCAUGUUGGCUUAAGGAACAUAUGGACAUUUUUCUUACUUUUUAUUUUUUUUUGGGGGGGGGUCUUCUAAUUAAGACAUACUUCUCUCCAUGCUUAAGACAUGUGUCAGAUACAUGGCACAUUCUCUA